UCCCCCAUAUCCAAAAACCUCCACAGAAUCGCAUGUCAGAUGUCCACUCGGAAUCAGGAUACGGAUGGCCAAAAAAUAUUAUCUGCAAACAACAAACGUUAGUAGCUGACUGAAAUCUCUUACGUAACUCUUCUUCUUUUCUUGGGAGUGCUGAGCUUCCAUGGCUCCUACUCUAACCUCCAACCCGUUCCACCUGACCAGAGCUCCUCCUUCUACUCUCUCCCUUCGGAGCCACAGGUUUGCCGUCUUCGCCAAGAAAUCCGGCGGACCCUUUUCUCCCUUUCAGAUCGGCAAACCAAAAGAGGACAGCUCCGAAGGUGGCGACGACGCUGGAACUGCCGGCUCAGGCAUCCAAAACCCUUUCGCAAACUUCAAGUUCGGCAAGGUACCCGAUGCCAAGUCUUUGAUUCCUGUCGUGAGUAACCCUGCUGCAGCUCUGCAGUUUGGCAACCAGCGACGGAAAGACCCUCGCACCGUCUUCGUUGCUGGCGCCGCCGGCCAGGUUGGUCUUCGAAUUGCUCAGACAUUGCUGCGGGAUGGGUUUAGUGUCAGAGCUGGCGUCCCUGAACUAGACGCGGCUCAGGAGCUUGCUCGUCUCGCGGUCGCUUACAAGAUCAUAUCCAAUGAGGAGUCCAAGCGCUUGAAUGCAGUUCAAUCCACAUUCGACGACACGGAAUCAAUCGCCAAGGCCAUCGGCAACGCCAGCAAAGUGGUGGUGACGAUUGGUCCCAGCGAGAACGGUCCCACGGCCGCAGUGUCCACAUUGGACGCCUGGCAGGUAGUUCAGGCGGCACAGCUUGCCGGGGUCGGCCAUGUUGCCAUCAUCUACGAUGGCAGCGGAGCAGGAGGAGGGUCUACUUACAAUGUGCUGGAUGGCUUCAAGUUAUUCUUCAACAACUUGUUUUCACAGUCUCAGGCGCUGAGCGUGCCGGAGUUUCUGCAGAAGGUGGUGAUCGAGACACAAGUCAGCUACACUUUCAUAAACACGAGCUUGACCGAUGAUUUCAAGCCGGAGAGUUCUUACAAUGUGGUUGUUUCGCCAGAAGGAAGCUUGGGUCCAGACGACUUCAAAGUAGCCAAGUCGAAGAUAGCAACACUGGUGGCCGAUGUGUUCUCAAACACUGCAGUAGCAGAAAACAAGGUGGUGGAUGUUUUCACGAAUCCAUCAGCACCUUUGAAGUCUGUGGAUGAGCUUUUCAGUGCCAUUCCCGAAGAUGGGAGAAGGAAAGCGUACGCCGAGGGUCUUCAAAAGGUGAAAGCCGAGGAGGAGGCAAAAAGUGCAGUUGAGAAAGCUCGUGAAGCAGCGGUGAAGGCCCAGAAGCUUGAAGAAGAAGUAAAGAAGCUGUCGGAUCAAGAAGCUCAAGCCAGCAGCUUAGCAGAGCAAGCACAGAAGAAAGCCGAAGCUGCAGGGGUUUCAGUGGAGGACGUGAUGGACAAGGCUAAAGGGUUCAGUGCAGGGUUCUCAUGGGAGAAACUGAGCUCCCAAAUCUCGGAUGCAGUUCAGACUGCCGGCGUGGAGAUCCCCAAAGUGCAGGUUGCUACCACUAGGGGACAGGCAAAGGCUCGUUCUUUGCCCACCCAGAAAGCUGUGGUCAAACAAUCUGCUCCUAAACCGAAACCAAAGCCGGCUGCGGCGGCAAAGAAGACGCCACAAGCUGGCGAGACCAAACAGACCGAGGACAAGAAAGAAGUGAGGAAGAUCUUUGGCGGGCUGUUUCAGCAAGAGACUAUCUAUGUCGAGGACUGAUGAGGGGCGACAUGAUCGUAUAUAUAUAUAGACAUCUAUAUAUUUUCUGUUUUAGAUACUGCAAUUUUCUCGUAAUGCUACAUCUCAUGUUUCAAUCAUUUGUUUUCUGGAAGUUUGUAAUUGAUGCUGAACCAUAACUUGGAAAGAAAAUUUAGCUUGGUAGCAUAACACUUCUACUAAAGGUAGCAACAGGGCCGGGUAAUCCUAACUUGGGUCGAUCAUUACUUGGUUGAAUGUACGUGUAGAUGUAAUUUCUGAGCAUCUCAAAGGUUGUCGGAGGUCUGCCACAAGUUCUUCUAGAGUAUCACUCUUAACGAGGAUCUGCCAAAUGUUCCUAUAGAAUAUCGCCCUUAAUGAAGAUGUCAUCCACGCAAGCCUCCACUUUUCCCUCGUAAACUAGCAAUCCAAGAAGCAACAAACAGUCUCAAGGUACUUAGCAGAAGCAAAAUACAAGGCUAUGGCAUACACCUCUAAAGAGCUUCAAUGGAUAAAUCCCUUGUUCCAACAACUCCUUCAACUCCUAUAUUUAGUAAAUAUUCUGUUUAAUACACCUCUAUAUGUAUCCGUAUAUACUUUAUACGUUUAAAACUUUCAUAUCCGUAUUAUUGUUAAGCCGUUUCAUUUCCCCGUUCAUUUGAUGGCUCCCAUACUAAACACGUAUAAAACCCGUCUAACACGUUUAUUAUCCGUAUUUUACAAAUUAAAUUGUUAACUUUACU